GCCCGCGGGCGGCGGCCCGGCCCCGCCAGGCCCCGUCAGGCGGCGCCGCGGGCAGCCCGGGCGGCCGCGGCCUGCGCCUGCCGCGCCGCUGCUCUGCGCGGGGGCCCCGCUCCCCCCGGCACCGGCACCGGCACCGGCACCGGCACCGGCACCGGCACCGGCACCGGCACCGCGCAGCCGACACGGAUCGUCUCCGAGCGCCCGAGCGAGCCCGCGUCGCUGAAGAUGAAGAGCCCCCUCGGCCUCCUGCGGGCGCAUCCGGGCGGCGAGAUGCCGCGGGUAGCAUUACGCCAGCUCUGAAGCGUGCAGACCCGCCACUGCUAUGGGAGACUCUGCUGCAGACCUGGCCCUAGGGACAGGCUUGGAUCAGGCACCCGGCUCAGUGUCGCAGGGGAAUGGCGGGACAUCUCUCAGCGUCAUCACGGAAGGGGUCGGGGAGCUGGCAGUUAUCGACCCCGAGGUGGCAAAGAAAGCCUGCGAAGAAGUCCUGGAGAAGGUCAAGUUGAUGCACGGCAUUUCCUCGGACAGCUUAGCAAAAUCGGCCGAUGGCCCCGAGGCGGAGCGCGCCCUGCAGACCGCUGCAGAUCUGGCCAACGGGGACAUUGGAGAGGGCUGUGAAAUCAAGUGCUUGGACGAUCCACCCGACACGGCCUCGAGGAUCCAGGAGGAGGACGAGACCAUGGCCAACACGGUGAAGGUUGCCCGGAGGCGGCAGAAGAACAACUCUGCUAAGCAGUCCUGGCUCCUCCGCCUCUUUGAAUCCAAACUCUUUGAUAUCUCUAUGGCCAUUUCAUACUUGUACAAUUCAAAGGAGCCUGGGGUGCAGGCUUACAUUGGGAAUAGGUUGUUCUGCUUUAGGAACGAGGACGUGGACUUCUAUCUGCCGCAGCUGCUGAACAUGUACAUCCACAUGGACGAGGACGUGGGUGACGCCAUCAAGCCCUACAUUGUGCACCGCUGCCGGCAGAGCAUCAACUUCUCCCUGCAGUGUGCCCUGCUGCUGGGCGCCUACUCCUCGGACAUGCACAUUUCCACUCAGCGACACUCCCGCGGGACCAAGCUGCGGAAACUCAUCCUCUCGGACGAGUUGAAGCCAGCCCACAAGAAGAGGGAGCUGCCAUCUCUGAGCUCAGCACCUGACAUGGGGCUGUCCCCUUCCAAAAGGACUCACCAGAGGUCCAAGUCGGACGCCACCGUUACCAUCAGCCUGAGCAGCAAUCUGAAGCGCACAGCCAGCAAUCCCAAAGUCGAGAGCGAGGAAGAGGAGCUCUCCUCGAGUACGGAAAGUCUCGAGAAAUCGUUCUGUUCCCCGGUCAGACUUGCUCCGGAGAGAGAGUUCAUCAAAUCGCUGAUGGCCAUCGGGAAGCGCCUGGCCACUUUGCCCACCAAAGAACAGAAGACCCAGCGGCUCAUCUCAGAGCUGUCGCUGCUCAAUCACAAGCUCCCGGCGCGCGUCUGGCUGCCGACGGCCGGCUUCGACCAUCACGUGGUGCGAGUGCCCCACACGCAGGCCGUCGUGCUCAACUCCAAGGACAAGGCUCCCUAUUUAAUCUACGUUGAAGUACUUGAAUGUGACAAUUUCGACACAGCGAAUGUGCCAGCUCGCAUCCCCGAGAACCGCAUCCGGAGCACGCGGUCAGCCGAAAACCUCCCGGAGUGCGGGAUCACGCACGAGCAGAGGACCAGCAGCUUCACCACCGUCCCCAACUACGACAAUGACGACGAGGCCUGGUCCGUGGAUGACAUCGUGGAGCUGCAGGUGGAGCUGCCGGAGAUGCACACCAAUAGCUGUGACAACAUCUCCCAGUUCUCUGUGGACAGCAUCACUAGCCAAGAGAGCAGGGAGCCCGUGUUCAUAGCUGCUGGCGAUAUCAGACGGCGGCUCUCGGAGCAGCUCGCGCACACCCCCACGUCCUUCAAGAGGGACCCCGAGGACCCGUCCGCUGUCGCCCUGAAGGAGCCUUGGCAGGAGAAAGUCAGGAGGAUCAGGGAAGGGUCACCCUACGGCCACCUGCCCUCUUGGCGCCUCCUCUCCGUCAUCGUGAAGUGUGGGGACGACCUGCGGCAGGAGCUGCUGGCCUUCCAGGUCCUCAAGCAGCUGCAGUCCAUCUGGGAGCAGGAGCGGGUGCCCCUGUGGAUCAAGCCAUACAAAAUCCUCGUCAUCUCCGCUGACAGCGGCAUGAUUGAGCCAGUCGUGAAUGCUGUGUCCAUCCACCAAGUCAAGAAGCAAUCCCUGCUUUCGCUGCUGGAUUAUUUCCUGCAGGAACACGGCAAUUACACUACCGAAGCUUUCCUGACUGCACAGAGGAACUUUGUGCAGAGCUGUGCCGGCUACUGCCUGGUGUGCUACCUGCUGCAGGUCAAGGACAGGCACAACGGCAACAUCUUGCUGGAUGCAGACGGACACAUCAUCCACAUUGAUUUUGGGUUCAUCCUCUCCAGUUCCCCGAGGAACCUGGGCUUUGAGACAUCUGCCUUCAAACUCACCACUGAAUUUGUGGAUGUCAUGGGCGGGCUGGAUGGGGACAUGUUCAACUACUACAAGAUGCUGAUGCUGCAGGGGCUCAUCGCUGCCCGGAAGCACAUGGAUAAAGUCGUGCAGAUCGUGGAGAUAAUGCAGCAAGGUUCCCAGCUGCCGUGUUUCCACGGCUCCAGCACCAUCCGCAACCUGAAGGAGCGUUUCCACAUGAACAUGACGGAGGAGCAGCUGCAGCUGCUCAUCGAGCAGAUGGUGGACGGCAGCAUGCGCUCCAUCACCACCAAGCUCUACGACGGCUUCCAGUACCUCACCAACGGCAUCAUGUGAUGGCCCCGGCCCUCCUGCUCCGAAAAUGGCUCCGUGCCCCCCCCUCCGUGGUGCCCCCCCCCCCCCCGGGGCCUGAGCCUUGUCCCUGGGGCCCAGCUGGGGCUGCUCAAUGGUUCAAGGAUGCUGAGGUUCAGCAUCUGCCAGGGCUGCUUUGGCCAGACUUGGCCUCACACCACCCCCCCCCCCAAAAAAAAAAAAGCUAAAAAAACAACAAAAAAAAGGAACAUGCGAUACAAGCAAGGAAGAAAAAACAAACUUGUGAAAAAAAAAUGGAAGCAAAAAAACAAAAAAAAAAAAGGAUCAUGCAGUAACUGGUGAUUGGGUACCCCCCCCCCCCCCGGUACCGUGGAGGCCAGGAGAAAGCCAGCGAAGGGCCUCCGACAGCGGUACAGCCCCCGCCUCGGCCUCGCGUCAGUAUUAUGCUGGUCCAUGGACUCUCCCAUCGGCUCUCGACCAUUUCAGACCAUUUUGGGGGGGGGGGGGGGAAUGGGGGUCUGGCUGCUGCCCUGCGAUGGCUGUGCCCCCCCCCCAAAAAAAACACCUCCCCCCCCAAAAAUCAGCCCCUUCCCUGCAUGUUCCACCACUGCGGCCUCAGCAUUACUCAUCUCCCACCAUCAGCCCUUUCCUUUCUCACACCUUCUUGCCCACUAUUCCCCCCCCCCCCCAAAAAAAAAAAGAAAUCACCUUUUAAUGUACAUUGACUUUGCUGUUGCACAAGAGAGCAGCUGCUGCACCCAGCCCCGGGGUGCCGGCCCCCCCCCCCCCCCAAAACCGGUGGUGCCGGGCCUUGCUGGGUGCUGCGGCACCCUUGGGUGGCCCCCUGCUCUCCUGGCGAGCACCUUUCCACCCUGGUUCAGGACUCUGGGACUGUGAAGCAUUGGGGGUUUUUUUGUUGUUUUUUUGGGGUUUUUUUUGUGUUUUUUUUGUUUCUCCUUUUGCAAUAAUUUCUUGCCUCGCUUUGCCCCCCCCGCCGCGGCCCUGGUUUUUUUGGGGGGGGGGCAGAAAGGGGGGGGGGCAGCGGAGCAGGGCAGCGCGUGGCACCUUCCACUUUUCAGCAGCCUCCUGGCACGCAGCAAAGGCAAGUUAGUGCCGUGGGGCAAGUCCAGUGCUGCGCUGCGGCAUCCCCAAGCGUUUACCCGCCCCCCCCCCCAAAAAACAUCCCCCCCCCAGGUUAUGCUGCCCAGCCUCGGGGCUCUAGGAAGGGCCCUUGUUUCCCCCCCCCCCAAAAAAAAAACCAUGGACAAAAUCUCAGCCUGUCCUGCUGGUCAGAUGGUGCCCCCCCCCCCCCGCCCCCAAUGAGCCAGCGUGAGUGGGUCCCGCUGUGUCUGUGCCCCCCCCCCCCCAAUGUAACCUCCCCUGUCCUCGGUCUGUUCGUUUAGCACUAAUUAUUUGUCCUGUUGAUUAUUUAGCAUUAAAGGAAAAACAAAAUUAUUUUAAACCGCUGGUAUCCGUGAGCUGGGCUGCGCUUUGGAGGCAGGGUAGGGCUUGCUGCCCCCCCCCCACCCCCCCUUCCCAAGGCUUUUUCUUUGGGGGGGGGCAGAAGCACUCCAAACCACUGCCCUGGUGGGCACAGGCAUUUGGGGGGGGGAUUUAGUUACCUCCCCCCCAAACCUGGGCUUAGCCCCAUCCAGGGAGGCCCUACACCCCGAGGGGCUUGUGGGGGGGGGGUUAAUAGGCACCUCUGCCCCAUGGCUGGAAGUGGGGCCCCCCCCGGACACGCGUAGGGCCAGGCAAGUAACACAGGGCACAGCAGGGAUUAAACCACUAAAAGUUUAAUUGCAUUAUUACUACAAGAAUAAAGGAUACCUGAGAGCC